AUGGCGUACGUGCAAAUUGAAGCUGAUGAGCGGAUGGAGGAGGGCCCGGAGAGACUUCAAUUCCAGUCGUUCUUGAGCACGGACGCGCGAGCAGCGAACCAGGAGAGUAACACAGGUCGAGGAUACUUCUCUGACCGGCCAAAAAGCUCUGGCUUCUGGCAGCUUGAGUACUAUCAACCCUACUUCGACGUCGACACUAAGUUGGUUCUGAAACGGUGCUAUACUACUCUCCUCCCGCAUUCUCCAAACUACCUCUCUGCCCACCUAACACCUAGCGCGGACCUCUACGGUCCCUUCUGGACACUUACCACCCUCAUCUUCUGCCUGUUCCUAUCCUCCUCCCUUGCCUCCUCGAUAUCGGCGUGGCUAUCAGAUCCCGGCAACACCUCCGGCGCCAUCCUUGAGUACGACUUCGGCUUACUCUCAACUGCCGUCGGGCUGGUGUACUCGUAUGGUAUCGGGGUUCCCGUGUUGUUGUGGCUCGCCCUAAGAUACCUCGGCGUCGGAGAGUGGAGCGUCAUCGAGGCUGUUUCGGUGUGGGGGUACGGUCAGUUUGUGUGGAUUCCCGUUGCGCUCCUGAAUAUCAAUCCGUUCCCAAUCGCGCGAUGGGUCCUGACGGGAAUUGCGUUCGUUGUGUCUGGGUGGUUCCUAGUUGCGAAUGUCUACCCUGUGCUCGCUACGGCCGACGCAAAGCCCGUGCGACUCGUGAUCAUUCUCCUCGCUGCCUUGCAUGUGGCCGUCGCGUUUUGCUUCCAGAUCCUAUUCUUCGGCUACUACCCUCUUGGCGAAGUUGGUCCGAAAGACCCUGCCCAACCCAUUGAGACUGCCCUUUGAGUAGCCGUAAUUUAUCAUGCUUUGAGAAGCGAUCUUAUCCUAUUCUU